UUCACAAGAUUGUUGUGGGCCACGAAAUUAUGGUGCUGCGUUUCAUAAUGUUACGGAGGUGUUGGUGACCACCACGCGGAGGAAGUUGUGAGAUAACGCGAGGAAGAUGAUGCGUGCGUGCGAGCUGUGAUCAAAGUCUAAAUAACCGCCGUCUCAUUCUGUGGUAUCGUGUUAAUCGUCCCGGAGAGUUACACGAGAAAACGGACAUCACCCAAGAAUGGCCUCAUCGGUUGCGCUGAGAUGGACCUUUUCCAGUGGACGUCCCUUCCUAAAGGCGGCCACGAUCAGUGGCGGAGGACACCAUCGUCGCUCGCAUCAUCAGGCGCACAAUCUCGUGGAGCAGCACGAUCGUCAGCAUGAUGUGGAGGAAGUACGGAUUCCGGUACCGUACGGUGAAAUUGCCGGAAAAUGGUGGGGACCGAAGAACGUGCGACCCAUCGUAUCGAUUCACGGUUGGCAGGACAACGCGGGCACCUUUGAUCGGUUGAUACCGCUGCUACCGAAGCACAUUAGCUUCCUGGCGAUCGAUCUUCCGGGCCAUGGGCUUUCCUCACGCAUUCCUGACGGCAUGAUGUACCACUCGCUCGACAACACGUUCCUGCUGUUCUAUCUGAUGCGCGAGUACGGCUGGAAGAAGCUGUCCCUGAUGGGCCACUCGAUGGGUUCGAUUCUGAGCUUCAUCUUUACCGCAACGUUCCCCGAUAAGGUGGAUUUCUAUAUCGGUAUCGAUGCCCUUAAACCGCACAUCUCCGAUCCGCACAAGUUCCCGGGCCGGUUAGAGAAACGACUUCCGCAGGCCCUCCUGGCGGACAUUCGCAAUCGAGAGAAAUCGGAACCACCGUCGUAUCCGUACGUGGAGCUGAUUGAACGGUUGCACCUCGGGACGAACAAAUCGGUCAGCCGGGAAGCGGCACCAUUCCUACUGUACCGCAAUACGCGCAAAUCAACGCUCCAUCCGGACCGGUACUACUUUACCCGAGACAGCCGAUUGAAGCACAGUCUCGGUGUCGGCUGGGAGCAGGCCAUUAAUCUGGAGUUUGCCAAGCGCAUCAAGUUGCCCUAUCUGUUCAUCAAAGCCAAACACUCGCCGUACUACGAGGAACGGAAGUACUUUGACGAGUUUGUCGAAACGGUCCAGGCGAACAAUCCGCUCUUCCAGCUCGAGUUUAUCGACAGUACGCACCAUCUGCAUCUGACGGAACCGGAGAAGAUAAGUCCGAUCAUUAGCAAGUUUCUGGAGAAACACUGGAAACAGGAGAAUGAACACUAGCGUUGGGUUGGGUGUUGGGGUGUGUGACGAUGUAAGGGUCUCCGUAUUAACUUAUUGAUGUACCUCUUCUUAAAAGAACAAUAUUUAAAAACCCAGAAACCAGAAAAAAAACAUGUGUUCCACAAGGCCGAUUGGCUACCUCAUUUCAGUGGCUUUUUGUUAAGUUUGUCAAUAAUAAAAAACGGAAAAGAAACAAUUCGCUUCGAUCUGCUUAAUACCAGCAUUUCGUGACAACGAAAUAUCGUGCGAACUCCAAU